UUGUCAUACGUAAUUUUCUUUAAAAAAUGCAAUUUUUGUUAUUUUAUCUAGGAUCUAAUUUCUGAAGAAAACAUAUACUUGGUGCUGUCAGAGGUUUAUAAAGUUAGAUAACUAUGAAAUGCCAUCUAUAAGAAAAAUAAAUUCUGCUUAAAACCAUUAAAGGAGUUCUGUAAACAGUGAAAGUUCAAACUGGUCAUACUAAGAUCAUUAAGUAAUGAAAUUAAGGGAAAGAUUAUGUUAUGGGUUUGUGUGCGGAAACAUCAAAAAUGUGCAAACUGUUGAGUAAUUUACUUUUAUUAGAUUUACAGUUUUCAGACAUUGACUUUAAUAUACUUUUCAGAAAGCAGUGCAGGAAAAAGAGGCAAUGAUUGUUAAACUUGAAGAGGAAUGCAACAGACUUAGAGAGAUGAUGAAAUCCCAGAUUAGCACAGACAGCACAGAAAAGACAAAGAACAGUAUUUCAGUUGAAAAGAGACAGAGAGUCGAGUCAGAGGAAGUGAAAUCAAGAAAGAAGGUUAAGUUCACAAGUGAUGGAGUGAGUGUUGGGGAUGUUGUUUGGGCUCGGUAUGUUGAUGGCAUUGCAUAUCCAGCAAAAGUGAUGAAGUUCAGUGCAAGCACGCAAAAGUAUACAGUCCGCUAUGUAGAGGAUGGUGUUGUAACAGAAGUAUCUGAUAUGGACAUCAAACAGAAAAAGUGAUUUGAACAAUUUGCAUUUGCUUUUGAUUUUAUGCUGUAUCAGUGUGCCCAAUCACGUGAUCGUGCUACGUCAUUUGAAUUGACUUGCACAGUAAGCGCACAAUGUCGAAAGUGGUUGAACAGGAUUAGCGUUAAAACGAGAAGGCUUUGGUGGGGAAAUCGUAGUUACGGGGGUAUGAUGAAAUGUUAUAAAAAGAUAGAAAAAAAAAAAAAAUUAAUGUGAUAUCUAUACAUGCUGUUUUUUAUAUCAUAAUUCAGUUACAUGUAUUUGGUUUUGAAAAUAGAAGAUGUUAUCAUAUCAAGAAUUCAUUAAAAGUUGUAUUAAAUCUGUGUUAGUAUAAUUAUGGUAUUCUAAGUAUGAUUAAUGGGUGUUGAUAAUUAGUACAUAGUAGUAGAAGUGUAGCAUUUAUUUCUGAAUUAAUUUAAUGAUUUUCAAAAUACCGAAAUAUAUCAGUCAUUUCUUUAAUGAUGUCAUUAGUACAGACUUAGUUUUAUUUAAAGGAAUCUAAUCCUUUUACAUGAUGUUCAAGUUCAACACCUAUUUAUAUUAACUGAGUGCUUCAUGCAUGUUUGAUUUUAGAUAUAGACAUUUUUAGCUCACCUGUCACAUAGUGACAAGGUGAGCUUUUGUGAUCACCAGUCUUCAGUCUGUGCGUCAACAAAAUUUCUUGUCUGCAAGAUAGAGGUUUCAUUUAUGAUUUGAUUUUAACCAAACUUGCACACAACUUGUAUCACCAUGAGAUCUCAGUUCCUUUCUUGAACUGGCCAGAUCCCAUUAUGGGUUCCAGAGUUAUGGCCCCUGAAAGGGCCAAAAUUAGCUGUUUUGACCUUGUCUGCACAAUAGCAGCUUUAUUUAUGAUUUGAUUUUAACCAAACCUGCACACAACUUGUAUCACCAUGUGAUCUCAGUUAUUUUUUUGCACUGGCCAUAUCCCAUUAUGGGUUCCAGAGUUAUUGCCCCUGAAAGGGCCAAAAUUAGCUAUUUUGACCUUGUCUGCACAAUAGCAACUUCAUUUAUGAUUUGAUUUUAACCAAACUU